CAAUUGCCAGUUAUUGGCAGUACUUUCCUCACGCUGUAACAAUGCUAGGAAAGUGCAGCCGAUAACCGGCAGCUGCAUUUACCGGUGAUCUGCUGUAUCAUUGGACACAGCUGAUCACAUGGUAAAAGGCUGCUGUAAUUGGCCUUUUACCACAUUAUGUGAUCAGCUGUGUCCGGCACUGAUGAUCAGUGCCCUGAUGAUCGGUGCCCAGCAGUGCCACCCACACGUUCCGCCGACCUGUGCCCAGCAGUGCGCCCACUAACUCUGCCCACCUGUGCCCAGUAGUGUGCCCACUAGCUCUGCCCACCUGUGCCCAGCAGUGCACCCACC